AUGGACGUGAUGGACGAAGAAAGCAUUAUUCGUCUAUGUGCAACAUCCUUUCUGGAGAAAGAAAUUGACGCGGCCAAAAAUUUGCUGUUUGACUCCAUCUCAGCAAUUAAGAAAACUACGCGAAAAGGUGACGGGAAAAAUCAACGGAACCUGGAAGAUAUAAUUACUACAUUAAAACGAGUGGAUCCUGAGAAAAUACCGAUUUUUGUGGCGAGAGAAUUGCACCGUUUACCCCCUGUUACGUUCGAUCAUAUCGACGCAACAAGAUUGCUCAAGGACAUUGUUUUGAUGCAAAAUGAAAUAAAAAUUUUAAAAAGUGAUCGUGCUACUGUGGAACAAUUGGAUCAGUUACGUAUGGACCUCAAUAACAUCAAACAAACAUCUAUAGUUAACAACUUUGACUACAAUAUUAAUAGAAAGAGAGGGGGGUAUCGGAAUAUUGAUAUUGAUAUUUCUGGAGGAGAACUCGACAGUGGGCCCGUAGGACUGAUUUAUAAUACGAGUAAAAUAGAGGAGGAAUCGUCGGAAUGUCUAUUGCGUACAUCCAAUGUGUCUUCAGAGAACGAUGUUACCGUUAAAAAUAAAGAAAGUGCAUAUAUGAUUGAUCAAAACAAGACCGUAAAUCAACAAAGUGAACCGGUUUCCGAAACAAUACAGCUGACUCCUAACGACGAGUCACCGCCGCCGCCUGCGCCGCCGCAGCGACUAGAUAAUGAGUGUAUAACUGUGUCCCCACAUAGAGGAAUAACGAUGGCCGAGGUUUUGCGACAAAAUAAUAAAAUACAGUCUAACAAAAUGGAGAAUAGUAAUGAGUGGAAAUUAGUUCAGAGGCCUAAAAGGAAGAAUUAUUUUAGUGGAAAAGUGGGUAAUGCCACAAAAGAUUCAGAAUUAAAUUUCAAAGCGGCAGAAAAGAGAUUACCUAUAUAUAUAACGAAUGUUCACAAGGAAACUUCUAUAGAUGACAUCUCCAAUUAUAUUCUAAAGAAAACUGGAGAAAAAGUUAACCUGAUAAAACUAUCUAUCAAGAAUGAAAAUAAAUAUAAUGCUUACAAAAUUUUUGUACCGAGUUAUACGUUACGUUUGUUCCUAAACGAAUCUAUGUGGCCGAAAGGGAUAGUUUUUCGUCGGUUUGUACAUUAUCAGUACCGAACCGCGGAUAACCGCCCUGACAAGAUAAGUAAUAAUAAAUAA